ACGGCCUCUUGAUGAGUUGAGCUCGUAUUUAACGUCAAGAGCAUCAGUUGUUAGUUAGCACAGCCGGCUAAGCGACGCUUUAAAGUGAAUUGUUCGUUUGAGGACGCGGCUAGCGCGACGUAGCUAGCGCGGCGACGGCCUUGUUGAAAUUAGGAAAUCAAGUAUCCACAGAGGGCUACUUUUGUAAUACGAGGGCAUGGAGCUGUUAAAUUGCGAGAGGUGUAGUCACAGUCAUUCAGGCCUCGGGGUGACUGUAAGAUAUUCUCGCUAAUCCCUCCAUUGUUAGUUGGCCGAGGCCGGGUCUCGAGUGCUGUUUGUGCGCCUGGGCCAUGGAGGCAAAUAAUCAUUUCAACUAUGGCACUCACUCCUCAGCAAACUCAGGACUGAAACUCUCCUCAGGGGAUUCUCUUUAUACUAACGGGUCCUCCAUGAGUUUUCCUCAGCAGGGGAAGAAUAUGAAUGGCGAAAUGAAUGUGAAUGGCGUCACUACUGUACUCGGGUCCGGUGUGCCUGGUUCCCACCCACCAACAGCUCCUUACCCACACAUGAGCAACCACCACCAGAGCAACAUGGGCUAUGACUACUUGUGGGGAGGGCACCCACAGUAUGGUCCAGGCAUGAGCACCUCUCCUGGGCACGGGAUGCACCAGAAGCAGCCCGCACCCGGGAUGGUGCAGCCUCAGUCACAGCACCAUUUCCAGGGUCAUGGACAGUACCAACUGAAUGGUGGUAUCGAAAGCUCCCACCAGCCGCCUGUGGCAGGCCCACCAAACAUGCCUCUUACUGGGAGUCAGUACUGGAACAGGAGUAACCCUGGCCCGCAGCAGAUAAGUUAUAAUUCCCACAAUAUGUAUGGGACCUACCAGAGUCAGGCACAUCCUGGGAUUACACCGUCACAACAUCACCAGCAGCAGUCCUUACAGCCACCCCCGCAUCAGCCGUCACAGCAGCACCUCCACUCCCACCGUCACCCGCACCAUCACCACCAGCAGCACCAGCAACCACAGCAUUAUGGCUUGAUGCCUAAUGGGAUGCCCUACUACCAGCAUCAGCCCCAGCACCCGUCCCUGCCGUCUCCUCAGCAGCAGCCACCACAGCAGUCUCAGCCUCAAGGUCAGGCUCAGAUGAUGCCCCCAGCUGCCCAGAAUUUUACUCCUCCUCGUGGCAGCCCACAGCACCACAGUUUAGGCAGAGGGGGUACUGGCAGCCCUCUCCCUGUGGGCAUGUCCUCAGUACCAAUGAUGUCACCAUCAAACGUGCAGGAUAGUGGAUCACCUAAGAGCCACAGCAGGGAAAGGAGCCCCCAUGCUAGCAACGUGGCGAUGUCUACUGCCAUGCAAGGGCAUGCGAGGGAAGCUGUCAAGGAGGUAGAUACAAGCUAUAACGGUAUGGAAAGGGCACCUGUUGCUCAGAGGCUAUCCAAAAGUGACAGUUACCAAUCCAAACCUUCUGCAGCUCAUACGGCACCUGCAGGUGAUUAUCAUGAGCAUUCUGAAAAUCCAGCAUCUCAGUGUCCAGAUAUUGCUUCCCCUGUCAGAGAGCCUACAGUGAUGAAUACACCUCCCCAGUCUGCGUCAUCUCAUCUCUCUGCAUCUACAUCACCUGCAGCAGUGUCACCGUCUCUAAACAAGGCCUCAACACCUCCACGGGUCUCUGCAGCUCCUGCUGUCUCUGGAUCCCCUAUAUCAGCCCUUGGGCCCCCUGUAGUUUCAUCGCCUGAUGUAGAAUCUACUCCACCACAAAUCUCAACACCUCCCAAUGUGUCCUUGGCUUCAUCCCCAGCUGCUCCUCCUAGACUUUCCUCACCUCCCCUAAUGAUGCAAGGCCUCAGGCCUCCCCCUUCUGCUGCAGCUGAGAUAACUUCUGCUGGAUCCAAGCAUCUGUCAGCGGGAUCCUCUUCCUCUUCCUUGCCUGCAUCACCUUCAAAGUUGUCUACACCUCUAGCGUCUCCUUCAUCAGAGUCUUCAGCUCAUCAGAGCAAGUCAGCAUUGCCUCCUACAGCUUCUGGACCCCUUCCUGCACCCAUCUCAUCUCUUCAACAGAUGGUUCAAGGGUCCAUGACAUCUUGCCUUCCUGAUACAUCUGGAGCUCAGCAUGAAAAGCCUGGAGCCCUAAAGUUGAUGUCCGCCUCUUCAUCAGCGUCUGACACAUCUGUGGGUGCAAAUUCCUCAUCAGCUGGUGUGGCUCCAUCUCUAAUGUCAAUAUCAGGACCUUCAACCUCAAAACCACCUGGCCCUUCUUUAUUUACAUCUGGAUCUCCCACAUCUGUGUCUAAAACUCCUUCUGUUGGCAAUAAACCUUGUGACCCAGGACCCACGCCCCAGCGUCAGACAUUGUACACUCCUCCAGCUGUUGACUCUGGUCUUUCCACUGCUUCUGCAGCAUCCUCACCACCAGAAGGGGUGAAUUUACCUUCCCUAGCAGCCCAGGAAAGUCCUACAGUCCGACCUCUGUCUACCCUACCUCUUCUAACCACUCAAGCCUCCAGGACUGCACCUGUGUCCGCCCCUCCUGCCUUGGUGUCUGUGCCUCCUGCUAUGGGUACAUCUUCUGGAGUGGUCCAAAGUUCUGACUCUGAGCAGCGUCCUUCUAACACCACUCCUCAUCGUACGCUAAAACAGUCGUCUCUCGAGCCAGAGCACCAUGGUCAUGGUGAGGAUAGGAAAAACAUUGGAAUACCAGAAGAAAGCCUCCCUCAGCUUGAUUCAGGCACAAGAAAGAAACCACAGAACGUCAAAGCUACUGAGACUGAAACUCAGAAAUCAGAAAUUCGCACACACAAGUCCUUCAGCGAUCUUCCUGGAAAACCUUUGCAGACCACAGUGGCUCCUGAUCGAAAGCCCAAUAGUAAACAGAUGGAGCGUGAAAAGCGCCACAUGCAAAGCAGUGUCAGUGACAUCUGUGAGGCAGAGGACUGCAUGAUGGAGCAAACUCCACUCCGAGAGUCCCCACAUCUCCACAGCACUAGGAUAGAACGUCUGACCGAUGAAGAAAGUUUUGAUAACUCUUCACGUACUGCCUCUCGAUUUGAUGGCAAUUCAACGUGCAACACCGCCUCUAGAAUCGAUGCCAGCUCUUUCUUGGAAAAGACCUCUCUCUUAGACGGUGACAGCUCAUGUGUAGAUGACUAUGCUCACUUUGACAGCAGCUUUCACCUGAGAAAAGACACUUCUCAGUUUGACAGCACUUCAAAUACGGAAGAGGAACCAUCUACUGCAUUUGACACAACUAGAGAUAGCAGUUCCUCUUUGGAAGACUCCAGAGAUGACACACUAGAUUCCACCAGGGAAAGGGAAACCUCUGAGGCAGAAGAGACCAAGAACAGUAGCCAAAUCACCGGAGAAUCCAUGCUGGAGUCUUCUCUAAACAACACUUCUCAGAUGGAAGAUCCCCCUGUUGAUUCAAGUGAUGUGUCCAUCUCGCGCUCAUUUGCGCCAUCUCAGCCAGGUUGUCAAGGACCUGAAGCAGAGUGGGACCCCAGAGGACAUGAUACACCAGACUCAGUUGGACGCAUUAGCAUGAAGACCACUGUUGAUGAGACAAUGACUCCCCCGAGUUUCAAGAUGAGAGAUGAGAACUUCAUCGCCUUCAGCACCCCAGCAGAGAGCCCUGCUGUACACCCACUCCAACCAGUCACUGAUCAGAUUGUGUCAGCUUCUGGAGGACAUCUGAAAACCCCAGGGAAACCACGUAAACCUCAAGCUCCAAAGGCAAUAUGGACUAGAACCCCAGCUCCUGAAGGGGCCCAGAGGAAGCCUCGGGUUCGAACCCCUAAAGUGGAGAAGAUAAAGCCUGAUGGAGGAGACAACAAAGAGCAGGGAGCCAAGGGUAGAAAGAGGAAGAAGUCUCUCAAGGUGGAUGUCAAAGAAACAUCAGAUGUAUGUGAAGAGGCUGGGCCUACAACCGAAGAGGUUGAUCCAAUCACAGCCACAAUUGAUGCUGUCCUGGCCAAUGCUUCAGCCAUCAGCACAGCUCUCGACAAACCCAAGAAGCUGAAAAGGGCCAAGAAGCAAGACCAAGAUGGAAACGGGGUAAAAACACCUAAACAAAAUGCCGAAACAACUGGUGAUGAUGUUGAAGACAACGAUGACGACAGCUCCACUGCAGGUGAAUCUAACAAGCGGAGGAUUGCGACAGAGGAGCAGGUUCAGUUUCCUCUGGUGCAUGGUUGGAGGAGGGAGAUUCGUGUGAAAAAAAUGGAGAAUCGCAUGAAAGGUGAAACCUGGUAUUACACACCUUGUGGACGGAGGAUGAAGCAGUUCCCAGAAAUAAUCAAGUACUUGAAGAAACACCAGGACAGCGUGGUCACCAGAGAACACUUCAGCUUCAGCCCACGCAUGCCUGUUGGAGACUUCUACGAAGAGAGAGAAACUCAUGAGGGUAUGAAGUGGGUCCUCUUGGCCAAUGAGGAGGUUCCUUCUAUGAUCAUGGCCAUCACUGGUCGGCGAGGUCGACCCCCAAACCCUGAUAAAGAGAAAUCACGCAGGGUUCGUGGUAUUAGGGGAGGGCAGGCCCGCCGCCCUGGUAGACCUCCCAAACCCAAGAUGAUUGACCUCCUGAGCAAAGUUGACGCCAAACUGUUGAAGCGACUUGAGGCCAAGGAAGCUCUCACAGAGGAAGAAAAGGAGAAACUAGCAAAAAUCAAGAAGAAAAUGAAGCGAAAGGCAAGAAUGAAGAGAAAGGAAGAUGCAAAGAUCAAGAAGAUGAAAGAGGAGAAAAAGAAAGCCAAGCUUGAGCAAGAAGCCAAGGGCCUGGAGUUGAAGGCUGAACCAACAGACCCGACUGCCCCACAGGUCAAACAGCUGGCAUCAGAGUCUGCUGCAGAGCCCAAGAAGCCUGGCCGCAGGAGGUCAAUCAAGGUUGAGGCUACACCACUGAUACAGCAGACAGAUGAGGAGAGGAUAGCCCAGGGUAAGCGGGUUCUGGGUGCUCGGAGUAAAGCCAAGGCCCUGGCUAAAGCUCAGGCUGAGGCAGAGGCGGCAGCUCAAGCUGCUUUGGCAGCUAAGAGGACGGCAGAGAGGAGAGCGCAGGCCCAGAGACGUCUGGAGGAACGGAAGAGGCAGCAGUUGAUCACAGAAGAGCUGAAGAAGCCCACGGAGGACAUGUGUCUCACUGACCACAAACCCCUGCCAGAGCUGUCUCGUAUCCCUGGCGUGGUUCUCUCUGGCACAGCCUUUGCACACUGCCUGGCUGUGGUUGAAUUCCUUCAUGGUUAUGGGAAGGUGAUUGGUCUCAAUGUACCCAAGGACAUCCCCACCCUUGCUUCCCUGCAGGAGGGCCUGCUAGGCCUGGGUGACAGCCAAGGAGAGUUCCAAGACCUAGUCAUAAAGCUGAUGGAGGCAGCACUCCAUGAUCCAGGCCUGCCGUCAUAUUAUCAGUCAGUAAAGAUCCUCGGGGACAAGCUUGUUGAGGUGGAGCUGACCCGCAGCACAGUUUCAGAAGUACUUCGCAUCUUUUUGGAAUCUCAUGGUUAUGACACAGAGGUGUGCAACACACUGAGGACCAAAACAUUUCAUGCCCUGCCUCCUGACACCAAGGCAGCCAUCCUGGCUUUCUUGGUGGAUGAGCUUAACGGCAGCAACAUUGUGACAAGUGACAUUGACAACACAUUAGAGAACAUGGCAACCUACAGGAAGAACAAGUGGAUCAUUGAGGGGAAAUUACGCAAACUGAAGGCGGCACUAGCGCGUCGGACAGGACGUUCGGAGGAAGAGCUGUGUUUUGAGGAGAGGAGGCGCAGUGCCAGAGUGGCUGAGGAAGAGAACCUCAGUCUGGAAGAGAGUGUAGUCAUGGAGAGAGGGAACCGCCGUGUACGCAAAGAAGAGCCCAAACUCAGUGAUACUGAGAGCCCUACAAAUGCCAGCAUUCCAGAGCUUGAAAGGCAGAUAGAUAAGCUAACCAAGCGCCAAGCAUUUUUCCGUAAAAAGCUGCUACAGUCGUCUCAUUCCAUGCGGGCCAUAUUGCUUGGCCAGGACCGUUACCGGCGCAGAUACUUGGCCCUACCUCACCUCGGAGGAGUUCUAGUUGAGGGUCCAGAAGAGCUCUUGACUUCAGGAGAAGCCCUUGUAGCUGAGGUGCCUGUCACCUUCCUCAAAAAGGAGCCAAAAGUUGAGGAGGCCCCCAUGCCCACCUCUCCCCCUCCUACUCUACCUUCCUCCCCUUCCUCUGCUACCCCUGGCCAAGCCCAGACUUUGUCUCCGGAGGAGGACCCCCUCCCUGGCACGGCAUCCCUCAUGAGCAGGCCAAGAGGACGAGGACGGCCCCGAAAAAUCAAACCAGAAGUGGAGCUCCACCUCCGCCAAGCAAAGAUUCGCCGCCGGCGUCGGAGUAGCGUCAGGUCCGGGGGCGAAGAAGGGCCAGGAUCACCGACCAGCGGCGCACAUGACCUCACACAGGCUGCUUUCCAGAGCUGGCUCAGCCAAUCGCAGGAAGCAGUGACCAACGGCACAUGCUCAGCAACAGGGGAGGCUCCAGAGGGUAAUCGACCAGAGGAGAGCGUGAAGGAGAUGGCAGAGAAGCAGGGACAGUGGUUCAACCUGCUCCCCAAACAACCGUGUGAUGACAACUCUCUGACCGAGUCCCAGAUACCCAGCUCACCUCCCAAACUCCUCCCUCAGAUCCCGAGUGCUCUGCCCGCACUCGCUGCUCCACUCAUGCAGCCGGACCCACUCUUGCCUCCUGUCGGCCUGGCUCCUGUUGACCACACGACCCCAGCAACACCGCAGGACAUCCCACCUACACCACCGACUUCUGCUGUUCCUGCUGGUGCCCCGCCACCUCCUCUUCCUCCUCUUCUUCUUCCAGCUCCCAUUCCUCCUGCAACACCUGCUCCGACCACCCCCACCAGGCCAGGUCGCAGGCGGAGGAGAGGUAGCAGAGGCAGCAGUCCUGCCCGCAGAGGGCCACGAGGAGCCGCAGCCAAGCGCAGAGGCCGCCCUCCCAACUCUGUGUUCCAGGAGCUCGAACAGCAGUACUUCACGCAGCUGGUGGUCAAACCCAUCCCAGCAUCGAUGGUGCGUGGCUGGUGGUGGAUCAAGGAUCCAGAGGAACUGUAUAGCACCUUACAGGGUCUCCAUCCAAGAGGCAUCAGGGAGAGGGUGCUCCAUAAACAUUUAGCCAAACACAUGGAGAGCUUAGCUGAGAUGUGCACCAAACCUAUCAACGACCCUCUGUUCGAGUUGAAGGUAGAAGAGAAGGAUGUGCUAUUGGAGGCUCUGCAGCAACCUUGGCAGGUGCAGGAGAAAGCGAUGGAGACUGACAUCAGCGCCCUGCAGUGGGUGGAGGACCUAGAGCAGCGGGUCAUUGCUGCUGACCUCCAUCUGAAGGCACCUCCUCAGAGUGCGAUGAAUGAUACCGAAUCUAACCAAGAGACUCCAAUGGCAGAAUUUCAGCCCUACACAAUCCCGGAUCCAGACUCCACACGUGACGACCUCCAAUACUACGAACAUGAUGCUGACCCACGCGAUGACUGGAUCGUGCGAACGAAGAAGGAGUGGUCCGGCCUGCCCCGCAUCGCCACACACCCGCUGGACCUGGGCGUGCUGCGGCUAGCCAAUCUCGAGCGAAACAUUGAGAGGCGUUACCUGAAGGAGCCGCUCUGGAACCCAGCUGAAGUGAUGCGCCUCGCUCCUCUCACCCCCACCCCAGGAGAAGAGCAUCCCAUGGAUGUCAUCAGUCUGGAAAGUGAGAUCACCUCUCGACUACGAACAUGGCGUCAGGCUCUAGAUCGCUGCCGCAGCGCUCCUCAGCUCUGUCUGUGUUUACUACAGCUGGAGAAGGCUAUUGCCUGGGAGAGAUCUGUGACUAAAGUGACUUGCCAGGUUUGCAGGAAAGGAGACAAUGACGAGUGCUUGUUGCUGUGUGACGGCUGUGAUCGUGGCUGCCACAUGUACUGCCUGAGGCCUAAAAUCACCCAGGUGCCAGACGGAGACUGGUUUUGCCCUACCUGCGUUGCCAAGGACGACUGUGAUUCACCGCGCUCAUCCAAAAAGCGGACCAGGGUGAAAAAGAGGAGAUAUGAAGACGACAGCUCCGAAGAUGACAUGACGACGACAACGCGACGCAGUUCUGGCAUGGCAACACGGCACAAGGAGACCGUGGUACCCUCCUCAUCCUCUCGUCACUCUGGAGAAGGAGGGGCUGCUAAACGCCGACGCAUGACAACCCGCAACCAGCCGGACCUCACCUUCUGCGAGAUCAUUCUCAUGGAGAUGGAGGCUCAUGCAGAUGCCUGGCCAUUCCUUGAACCCGUCAACCCCCGACUGGUGCCAGGCUACCGCCGCAUCAUCAAGAACCCCAUGGACUUCCUCACCAUGAGAGAAAGGCUGCUACAGGGAGGGUACUGCAGCUGUGAGGAGUUUGCGGCAGACGCUCAGCUGGUCUUCAACAACUGCGAGCAGUUCAACGAGGACACGUCAGAGGUCGGAAUGGCCGGACACUCCAUGAGGCGCUUCUUUGAGAGCCGCUGGGCGGAGUUCUACUCAAACAAGGACAAAUAGGAUCCUACGACGUUCCCCCUGAUGGCAGGACUGUCGACUGUUGGUGCUUUCACCGUCCCAGUCACACUAUCCAUUACUGCAAAGACUGUCUGGAGGUUCUUCCAGCUCUGUGUAUUCUCUCAUGUAUAGGUAUAUAUGUAUAGAUUUGGCUAUUUGUCUGUUAUUGUUUCCUCUACUGGCCUGAUCUUUUCCAAGGCCCGCAGCUGAACUGUCUUGAACUUGUACCCAUUCCCCAUCUCAGAGAGUGACAGCACGUCUCUGUUCACCUCCUUUCCGUGUCUCUUCAUCUUCACCUCAGCACCUCAUCUCCUGUUUGCGUUCUCCUGUCACGUCCUUUCACGAGCCCCAUGUCGUAGCGAGGCCUUUGGUCAAUGAUGACACGGUCUCAGGCCCUGAGUUUUUUGGGUGUCAGACUCAUACUGAAGGUCAGGGACUGAUCACACUAAUGCAGCCUAACUGCUGCAUACUGGACCUGCUUAGCACCCUUCCACGACAAAAUGGAUCAAAACUCUUCACAGAGCUUGGGCCAUUUCUUACCUGUUCAAUGGAAAUGUAAUGUAAUGUGGUCUUAUGCCUAGAAGUUUUUUUGCUCAAUAUAUUUUUAUUAUAUAUUCUAUAUAUAAAUAUAUAUAAAGAUUACAAUAGCUGGGAUUAUUUAAUAGCAAUAGCUUGUAGUGAAUGUGUACAGAUUACCUUAUAGAGAUGUCUAGACAAUUUAUGAAAAGGCCAGUUAAACUAAAAGGAAUCUGUUCAUGGACUGUCACGAGUAGACGUUGUAUAACCUCCACUUAAAGUCUUGCACGCACACAUACACAGUUUUUACUCACACACACACACAGACACACACACACACACAACAACAACAACAACAUGCACACAAGUUUCACACACACCCACCUUCUGCUGCUGUGUGAAAGACACUGGUUUCUGAAACUGGAGGAUUUUUAAUGUUGGUCAGUCAGUCUGGGCUUCGACUCAUGUAUUUCACUGUCCCUCCUGUUGAGAGUAAAUAAUCGGGGUGUUACACCUGAUCUGUGUCACAGACUGAAAGGAUGCUACGGCAGUUGUAGCAUCUAUGGAUUUGUUAAAUAUCUGUCUGUUUUUAGAGAUUACACAGUUCACUCUUAUACUGUAAUUGUAAUUGCCACGACUGACACGAUAAAGUCUGCAGCUUCAAGCCAACAAUUGACCAACUAAUCCGUGUUUUAAAAAAAAAAAAAAAAAAAGACACUUCUGUUUGUAGCUAGUCCGACUAGGUGAAAAACAUCUAAAGGUGGUUAUGUAGGAGGCUAAAAUCCUCUCAUUUUAAUGAUAGAACUGCGAAGGAGCUCUGAUUGUGAAUUACUGGGCACAUUCCUGCCUGGUUUUCUGUCUUACAUUCCUUUAAUCGAUUUUAUGUUUUUUGUGCUGUACGAGGGCCAAUGUACAAUGUUGCACGGCAUGGUUGGUCUACUAUGAAGGCGACAGGAUGACUCCACAGUCCGGGUUUUAUUUAAACUUGUUUCUUACACUGAACUCAAAUCCGUUGAUAGGAAAUACACUUUGAUGUUCCUUAUGACACUUAAAGGGACAUGACGUUUUUUCAAAAAAGAAAAAAAAAAAAGACAUGAAAACCAAACGUGGUGUUAAGUGAAUUUUUAAUAAUGUACAGUUUUGGUGACUUUAAAUUUUGUUCCUUUAUAUUUUUAGGACCAAUUCAUCAUUUUUAAGAGGAGGUAUUACAAGACUCUGUUGUAUUAAGGUGAUGUAACACGUGUGCAUCUGUAGAAUGUACUGUGAGUUGAAUAAAAACCACAUCUAGUAGAAAGUA